AUGGAAUCAUCAUCUCAUCUUUCAUUAGAGACGAAUCAAUCUUCUGUUCAAGGAUAUUCAACACCUCCUCGAUCGAAUAUUCGUUAUGAAUCAUCAUCAUCAUCAUCAUCACCUAAUCUUUCAUUUUCUCAACUUUUUCAUCAAUCAAAAAUUUUAACCAGUGCUGAAUUAAAACGACGUUUUUCUCCAAUAAAAUCAUCUAUAAAAAAACAUCGACAUAAUUUUAUUCAAAAAACUGAUUCUAUUGUACCAUUAAAACAAAAUCUUCAUAUGCCAAUGAUAUUAGAAAAAUUAUUUGAUUAUAAAGAAGAUUUAUCAAUUAAAUCUUUAAAUGAAAAUGAUUGUAUAGUUCCUAUAUCAUCUUCAAAAUUUUCUUUUAUAUCAUCAAAAAUAAUUCAUCAUCAACCUAAUUUUGAUUGUUUUAUAUCGGAUUCAUUUAAAACUGAACAAAAACAUUUAUUCUCAAUAUCUGAAACAACUAUGAAACAAAAAUUUCAAACAUUAUUACAAAAUAAAUGA